UGACAGUUGACUUGAGUGCUGCAGCCAGCUUCGCCCUCCCGACUCCCGAGUCCCCAGCUCUCCCCACUUCUAACCAACCACAACAUAGUGUGUUGACCUGUUCCUGCCCCUUCUUGCGCCUUUUCAACUCAAGCUUGAAUAGCAGGCCUGCUCUCACCAUGUCUGGCGUUGAAUGCGAACCUUGCGGACGUCACUUUAGGCUGUACCAACAUUACGAGGAUCAUCUGAUCCAUUCUCCUCGACAUCACUAUUGCGAACCAUGCCAGCGGGACUUUACAUCUCAAAACGCCAAGGAGAAUCACCUUCGUCAUUCCGAGCAGCAUAUGAUCUGCAAAUGGUGCCAAACCACUGUUGGAAAACUUCGCAUUCACAAUCAACGCUAUCAUGAACAAUGUUCGGAGUGUAGUCAAUGGUGCGAAGACGCGGACGAGGUCCAUCAACAUUGUCGGUUAGCUCAUUCCGAUGUAUACUGUCCCCCAUGCCGAAGAAUUUUCAGUAACCCCAACAACUUGGACAUGCAUGAGAGGUCUUCUAUCCAUCAAGCAAAGAACGUCAAGUGCCCCCAUCCAACUUGUGAGCGUGGCUUCAUCAGUAAAGCAGCCCUGGUCCAGCACUUCGAAGCGGGUACCUGCCAAUCUGAUCUUGAUCUCGAGGACGUUGACGAGAUUUUCAGCAGCCGUUGCGACAGAGACCAACAAUUUGUCGACAGGGACAGAAUAUUCCCUGCGGCCCGAGCGGAGCUCUCUUGCGAUUAUGAUGGUCGCUAUCAAUGCAGUCUUUGCCCCAAAUCUUUCGGAAACCAAGGCCAACUGAUCGCCCAUUUCAAGAGCCCCAAACACAAGAAUCGCGGCUGGAAAGCUUACGAAUGUCCUUCCGAGCGUUGUGGAAGAUCCGAAUAUUAUUCUCUCGGUAAUCUGAUGUUUCAUCUCGAAACCGGUGACUGCGAGGAGCACUAUCGACGCGAUUUGUCCAAACGAGUUGAUAAGCUGUUCAAUAUUUUUAAGCGGCUCUAAAAAGCACCUGGCACUCAGGUUAAACUUGGCUCUUACGUUCGUAUGAGCUCCAGCUUUUCUGUUUUUCUGAAUUUCAUCGUUUAAAUUCUCUGCUUCUUAUUUUCUUUGUCG